ACUGGGGGUUCCUGCGGGAGCCGCCGCCGCCGCUGCCGCGGAGGAGGAGGAGGUGGAGGAGGUGGUUGCCGCGGCCGCCGAGGAGUCCCUUGCUGAAGGCGGAUCGCAGGGCGGCGGGCGACGCGCGCGCGCGCCCGAGCGGUGGCCCGAGAAGUGGAGCGGCGGUCGCGGGGGGAGGAGGAGGAGGGACUGAGCGGCGGCGGCCCCCGCGUUCCGGUGCCUCUAUGGGGAAAGCAGACAAUGGAUUAUGAUUUCAAGGCGAAGCUGGCGGCGGAGCGGGAGCGGGUGGAGGAUUUGUUUGAGUACGAAGGGUGCAAAGUGGGACGCGGCACCUACGGGCACGUCUACAAGGCGAGGCGAAAAGAUGGAAAAGAUGAAAAGGAAUAUGCAUUGAAGCAAAUUGAAGGCACAGGAAUAUCCAUGUCGGCUUGUAGAGAGAUUGCACUUUUGCGAGAAUUGAAGCACCCUAAUGUGAUCGCCCUGCAGAAGGUGUUCCUUUCUCACAGUGACAGGAAGGUGUGGCUGCUGUUUGAUUAUGCCGAGCAUGAUUUAUGGCAUAUUAUUAAGUUUCAUCGUGCAUCAAAAGCAAAUAAAAAGCCCAUGCAGUUGCCAAGAUCUAUGGUUAAAUCAUUACUUUAUCAGAUUCUUGACGGUAUCCAUUACCUCCAUGCAAAUUGGGUGCUUCACAGAGAUCUGAAACCAGCAAAUAUCCUAGUAAUGGGAGAAGGUCCUGAGAGGGGGAGAGUCAAAAUAGCUGACAUGGGUUUUGCCAGAUUAUUCAAUUCUCCUCUAAAGCCACUAGCAGAUUUGGAUCCAGUAGUUGUGACUUUUUGGUAUCGGGCUCCAGAACUUUUGCUUGGUGCAAGGCAUUAUACAAAGGCCAUUGACAUAUGGGCAAUAGGUUGCAUAUUUGCUGAAUUGUUGACUUCAGAACCUAUUUUUCACUGUCGUCAGGAAGAUAUAAAAACAAGCAAUCCCUUUCAUCAUGAUCAACUUGAUCGGAUAUUUAGUGUCAUGGGGUUUCCUGCAGAUAAAGACUGGGAAGAUAUUAGAAAGAUGCCAGAAUACCCCACACUUCAAAAAGACUUUAGAAGAACAACGUACGCCAACAGUAGCCUCAUAAAGUACAUGGAGAAACACAAGGUCAAGCCUGACAGCAAAGUGUUCCUCUUGCUUCAGAAACUCCUUACUAUGGAUCCAACCAAGAGAAUUACCUCAGAGCAGGCUCUGCAGGAUCCCUAUUUUCAGGAGGACCCCUUGCCGACAUUAGAUGUGUUUGCUGGCUGCCAGAUUCCAUACCCCAAACGAGAAUUCCUUAAUGAAGAUGAACCUGAAGAGAAAGGUGACAAGAAUCAGCAACAGCAGCAGAACCAACAUCCGCAGCCCGCAGCCCCGCCGCAGCAGGCAGCAGCCCCUCCACAGGCAGCCCCGCAGCAGCAGAACAGCACCCAGGCCAACGGGACUGCAGGAGGGGCCGGGGCGGGGCCCGGGGCCGCCGGAGCAGGGCUGCAGCACAGUCAGGACUCCGGCCUUAAUCAGGUGCCUCCAAACAAGAAACCGCGGCUAGGGCCUUCAGGCACAAACUCAGGCGGGCCUGUAAUGCCGUCAGAUUAUCAGCACUCCAGUUCGCGCCUGAAUUACCAAAGCAGUGUUCAGGGAUCCUCUCAGUCCCAGAGCUCACUAGGCUAUUCCUCCUCAUCUCAGCAGAGCGCACAGUACCACCCAUCUCACCAGGCCCACCGCUACUGACCCGCUACAGCCAGAGCACAGACUCCAGCAAUAUGACGUCUGCAUUGAAGAGAACCAAAAAUGCAAACUCUGAUGCUGUUUAAAACUCAUCCACUUAGGAGGAAAACUAUUUACUGAGCAUUUUGCAGGACUGACUGAUGUCUUUAUUGACUUAAAGAAGAUUUUUGUGAAGUUUCCCCAGCACCCUUUCCCUGCAUGUGUUCCAUUGUGACUUCUCUGAUAAAGCGUCUGAUCUAAUCCCAGCACUUAACUUCUGUAACCUUCAGCAUUUUGGGGAAGGAUUUCCUGGUGCACCUUUCUCAUGCUGUAGCAAUCUCUAUGAUUUAUCUUUUCAAAGCUCUUUUACUAGGAUUUUAAUGUUUUAGAAACAGGAUUCCAGUGGUGUAUAGUUUUGUACUUCAUGAACUGAUCUAGCAACACAGGUAAAUAUGCACCUUUUAAAGCACUAUGUUGUUUUCACAGAAUAUAACUCUUUUGCUCAUGGAAGUCUUAAAUGGGAACUGUUACUGUCCCACAGUACUUUACUAUUACGUUUUUAUUUCUCUAGUUUCAGGGAAGGUCUAAUAAAAAGACAAGUGGUGGUACAGAGGGAACCUGCAACCAAAAACAGCCUAGAUCUUUGCAGUUACUAUGCUUUAUGCUAUGAAGAACUAAAGUAUGUGGUAAUUUUUAUAUAACCAUUCAUAUGGAACUUAGUUCCCAGAAUCAUCUUAUUCUGAAUAGUAUCCAGUAAUUAAGAAUUAUAAUUUUAACCUUCAUGUAGCUUACGUCUACUUUAAAAAGGGUUUCAAGAGCUUUGAUGAAAUACAGUCCUCUGGUGACCCACGCCAGAAAACUGAAGAGAAUAUUAACUGCACUAGGAUUUCUUUAAGGAGUAAUGUUGAUCAAAGGGAAGGAAAAGCUUUUAGUGUGUAUUGUACAUAAAGUUGGCUUCUCUAAAGAACUGUUGGUUUCUUCACAUCUGGGUCAGUUUGAGUAACUUUCUUACAUAAUCAAGGGUACUCAAAUAGAAGCCUGCAAAUUAAUCUGCUUUUAAAAUAAACAGCAGUGU